AAGGGAAAGUAAGAUAAAAAAAAUAGGAAACCUUAUCAUGAAUUUCAAGUUGAUAUAUAUUCAGCCAUUUUUAUUAUGGCUAUCGUUGACAGUUGUCUAUUGCGAACCAGUUGUCGGUGUCGUCAUCGAUGACGGAUAUCAGGAAUUAUGCAAAUCCCGUGCCUACCAGUGCCAGUGUCCAGUAGUUACCACCAAUACUAAUGGUACGGUUGUCGAGAUCGACAGUUCCCACAGCCAAACAACAACAACAACUAUCGACUGUUCCGAUAGAGAUCUGCAAAAUACAAGUCAAUUCAUACGAUUUCCCGAUAACAUCGAUACUAUACUAUUCAAUAAUAAUAAAAUCAAAUCCAUAGUUCAAAAUACGUUUGUCGAGGGAAGGCAUGUCAAUGUAAUGGAUCUGUCCAACAAUAAUAUUGAUUAUAUACAUCAUUCGGUGUUUCAGCCGCUGGAAAACCUCCAGAAGCUGGUAUUAGCGCACAAUCAGCUCUGGAAUUUGGACACAAAUCUUUUCGAUGGACUUCAAUUGUUGCAGACACUUGACCUCAGCUAUAAUCUGAUCCAAAGUUGGGACAGCAGUGUAUUCAGUCCCAGUAGUCGACGUCUUCGUCAAUUAUAUCUAAAUCAUAACGACAUCGGAUCAGUUGGUCUAACAUAUCGUGCUUUUGAACAUUUGCCUCAAUUAGAAAUCCUAAACUUGGAGACGACAGGUCUCCGUGAUCUUCCGGAUCAUAUAUUUUCGACAAACUAUAAGCUCAAGUCGUUGUAUUUGAGUGGUAAUAAUUUCCAGACAGUGCCCAACGCAGGCCUACAAUCGGCUCCUGGACUCCGAUUACUCGAUAUGAGUGCAACAAAACUUCAAACCAUUGAAUACAAUGACUUCAUGGGCUUAAAGUCUUUAACUGAAUUACGACUCGAAAGGAUGUCAUCAUUGGAAAGCAUAAAACCCUACGCUUUCGGUGAUCUUCAAAGUCUACAGAUAUUUGUUUGCAAACAUAACUAUCGAUUAACUGAAAUCCAUUCAAAAGCCUUUACUAAUAAUCUGACGACUGAACAGCCGUCAGGUUUGUCUAGUCUUAUACUAAGACAUAACUCAUUUAAAACAUUAAGCGAUCAGUUGGUUAACUGGCAAACAGUUAGUCGUAUCGAUCUGUCAGGUAAUCCAUGGAUAUGCGAUUGCCGUAUGAAAUGGUUGCCGGCAAUGGUUGAUACCAAACACCGUCUAAUGAAUACAACUAAAUGUUAUGAACCGUCCGGACUGUCCGGACGAUCUAUCGGCUCAUUGACUUCGGAUGAUUUUGAUUGUAGAUCUGGUAAUGAUUUGUUUCUUUUAAUACUUAUUCUAGCGAUGAUUAUGAGCACUGUUGGUAUUAUAACUAUAACCUACCUGUGCCGACAAAAGUAUCGGUUUGUCCAAACAAUGUACACUAGUGGUCGUUCAGUAUUUACAACCAAAUCGGUCCAAAAAGAGGACGAUUUCGACUAUUUUAAUGUUGUCUCCAAUAAUAAGGAUCUCGAAUGGGAUGAUAGCGCCGAACCAUAA